AUGGCGCCUAUCCAGAGGGCAGGUAAGGCUGUACCUCGUUUGGUUCACGACCUCCAACUUUAUGACCCAGCACACGUCCCCGACACUGGCCGUAACCUACUCGCCCAAGUUCCUCCAGUAUACUCUUACCCAGAACCUUGGGAAGGUCUCCCUGGAUUCAUAUCGCCGGGGGCAUGCAAACACCAAUAUGUCAUAAAGACAGACCAAACCUUCCUGGCCCAGGCUGAACAUCGGAAACGGCCAGGAACGUCAUCCAAAAUUGCGGCGGUUUGCUCAGAAUGCCGCUGUCAUCUUCAAGUGGUGGUCAACUACACCAACGGCAUGAAUUCAUUCAAUCAGAACAAGGAAGGCCAUCUCCAUCAUUUGGUUUACAAGUCAGGUAGACAGAAGAAUGGUGUCUCAAUGCCGGAGAUGACAGACAAAGGACAAGUUGCCGAGACCUUCCACUAUCAAUGUUCUUACAUAUCAUGCUCGGCAAUGGUGUCUUUACGGAUACUUUCACCAAUUCUGAACUCAGAAUUUGUUCAAUUGAUGACCGAUCCGGAUUUGCUACAUGAACGGGCCGAACAAGCUUUGGCAGCAUAUCCCGAAUCAAUGGAAGGCAUGGGUGAUCCUAAACCGAUCAGUGUGCUGGAUAAUUUACGUCUUUAUAUCAGCAAUGCACUUCGUAAUGCUCAACGUGGGAAGCCUAUAUCAGCGGCUAACAAAAGAUUCAUGCACUCGUUUGGCGUGGAAGGUGCUCCCUGUAAAGAGUUGCUAGAGUUCCUAGAGUUCACUUUCAACAAGGAGACCGGUGCGUGGACACCACCCCAACCAAACGUCAACGCCGACAAACCCUACCAAGACCCGUUUUGCAUCUUUCUCGACGACGUCGCGCAUGAACUCUUAACUUUAAUUCAUCAUCGACCUCUUUCAGAGAAACGCGGCUCCCAGUUUCCCGCUCUUCCGCCAUCUGCCAUCACCCAGAUCUAUUCUGCUCUCGAGGCAUUGAACUACCCUAAAGCUGCGCGCGUCGAGGAUUUCGAGAUGGCUUCCGUUCCUUGCUACGAGGACUUGGGAGUCGUGGAGGACAUGCCUACCUACCAGAUUAUUUGGGCAUUUGAGCGUCAAAUCGCCGCUGAUCCGCGCAGAUACCCCCUCUACCUUUCUGCUCUGAAGCAAGUUGCCCAACUUCGCGUUGCUUCAUCAGGUGGCGAAGACUGGGCAAUGAUUGAUAAAACCGUGCAACGAGCUUACGCUGAAGGAAAAUACGCGGUCGAAGAUGUCGGCGACGCUUAUCGAUUCUUCGGUCUCCGAUCGGAUGAUCCGAACCUCACCGACGAUAGCAUCAUUGGGAAAUUCUAUGCUUUCUUGAGCUCCACCAACCGCGAAACGGAAGCGCGUCAGCAGCUUUGGCGUAUUGGCGAUAGCAGAGCGAGUGAGGCCAUCAUCUCUGCAUCUGAAAACCGCGUUUCCACAGUCGAGCAAGCGAAUGUUUUCCUGGGCGUCGAGAAUGAGACACCCGAUGAUUUCGUUAUGACUAUGUACACGGCCAAGGUCAAUGACAACCCGUUGAACAAAGAACUGGCAAGCCGUGCGGUCGCUCUCAUUGCCGCCUCUCGCAAGUCGAUUGCCUUGGACCACUUCAUCAACACUGGGGAAACAAUUGCUUCGGAAAUGGACGUCGGUGAUGCUUAUCGUCUGCUCCAAAUUCCCGAUCGCACUGCAGACGCGGGUGCUAUCGUUGCCGCAUACACUAUCUGCGUUGAUGAAAACCCGGGCCAAGCUGAAAAGUAUCAUCAGGCUAUGGAGAUUAUUGCCAAUCAAACCAAUAAUGAUGCCUUGCGAGGCAUGGCAGGCCUUAGCGCUCCACAGACUUGCAACAUAUCAGAGUGGCCGGUCGGCUUGCAGAACAUUGGCAACACGUGCUAUCUGAACAGUCUUCUCCAGUACUACUUUUCGAUCCGACCUUUUCGCGAGAUGGUUUUGGACUAUGAAACACACCAGAUGGAUUUGAAUGAUGAUGAAACCAUGGCAAAAAAGCAAGUGGGAUCUCGCAAGGUCAUGAAGAACGAGGUUGAGCGAUCCCAGCGAUUCCUCAAAGAGCUACGAACUCUGUUCCAAGGCAUGAUCACUGCUGCUCGCAACUCGGUCAUCCCCGGCCAGGAACUGGCUCGGUUGACUUUGAUCAGCCCCAGUAACGAGGCAGCCAUCCGUCGUCGCUCGACUAUCUCUGCUAGCAGAAACCAGAUUCUUGGAGAGAUUGAAGGUGCUCCCAUCCUGGGACCGCUUGGUUUCCCUGCAUCUGUUUCGCUGGACGAUGCUGGCCAACCCCCAACUGAUGCAGCUAGUUCUGCUCCUAUCACGAACUCGACCAUGCGUGAUAUGAGUGGUAUUGAUCGUGACUUCACCAUGGCCUCGGGAAACCACCCCGAUAUCCCAAUAUCCUCUAUCGAGGAUAAAGAAAAUGAUCCCCCGCAAUUGGACGAUACCGAGGUUGCACCCUCUGAUAAGAUGUCACUCGAGCCACGCAACACCGUGCCUGAUCAGCCAGGGCCAUCUAAUGUGCCGCCUCCUGUUCCCCCUCGCCCUGUCCCAGAGUUUGACCGCGAGAAGCAAUUAAAAGAAGAGGUUGAGAUUGGCGCUCAGCAGGAUGUGACUGAAGUUAUCAACAACGUUCUCUUCCAGAGUCAGUGCGCUAUCAAGCCGAUCGGCAUUGGCAGUGAUGGUGAGCAGCUUGACCAGAUCAAAGACCUAUUUUAUGGUCAAACCCGGUCCUACAUCUCCGAGGAGAAGGGCACGCGUUCGAAGGAGGAGCGCUGGUGUGACAUCAAGGUCGAUGUCGCACAUGGACCUCGCGAUAUCUACGAUGCCAUCGAUGGAGCUUUUGAUGUCCAGAAAAUCAGCGUUGGAAACUCCGUUGCUGAACAGUUUGGUUCCAUCAGUCGGCUUCCUCCCAUCCUGCAGGUUCAAGUGCAGCGAGUUCAGUUUGAUCCCGUGAAGAAAAGCUCGUUCAAGUCGACCAAUCAUCUUGGGUUGCUCGAGACCAUCUACAUGGACCGAUAUAUGGACGCCAAGAACCCUGAUUUUGUGAACCGCCGAUCCCAGACUUGGGAAUGGAAGGCUACUUUGAAGGCUCUCGAGGCCCGCCGCGUGGAGCUGCUCAAACAGUCGGAGUUCGAUGAUGGUAUUGAUAUGACGGAAAUUUUCAGACACACUAGUGAAGCGAUCGACACUAUCAGAGAAGGUGACUCUGAUAGCGGACCUGAUUCCCUGGCGUCCAUGCUUAGCUCGCAGCUGUCGGACGACCUCAAAUUUAUUUCUGCAUCGGCUCAAACUGAGCUGCAAUCCAUUGACCAGCAGCUCAAGGACACCCGAGCCAUGAUCUCCACCCAGUUCGCUGAUUACAAGAAGUUGCCAUACCGACUGUAUGCCGUGUUUGUGCACCGUGGCUCGGUCUCCUUCGGACAUUAUUGGAUCUACAUCUAUGACUUCAACAAGGAAAUUUGGCGCAAGUACAACGACGAGUAUGUCACCGAGGUCUCCAACGUGAAGGAGAUUUUCGAGAACGACUCCACCACUAAUCCCGCAACCCCAUACUUCCUGGUCUACGUCAACGACAACAUCAAAGACCGCCUCGUCGACCCGCUCUGCCGCGACGUGACCGAAUCGAUGCCCGAUAUGACCGAACACGAAAUCCCCGUCAUGCAGGACACCGGGGCAGCCAGCCCCACCGACGUGGACAUGGAACCCCCCCUCUACGACACUAGUGCGCCGCAUGGCACCCCAGAUUCCACAGCCGUCGACGCGAUAGCUGUCAAUCCACUGAAGCGUAAGAGCGUGGACGCCGAUGGCAAAGAGCUCCCAGCUUGA